AAAAUUAUAGGUGAGGUUUAAAUUUUAAAUUUGUUCGAUCUGACGUGAAUAAUUGGAUGAAUCAAUUAAUUAAAUCUCGAGUUCCACCAGCCCCAAUUUUUUUAGAUAAAUCAUUAAAUUGUUAUUAAUCCCCGAACCAUCUCUGUUUUUUUUUCCUCCUUUGCUUAAAUUAAUCACCAAACCAUCUCUAAUUUAAGUAAAUAUGUAUUGUACAAGGAAAACACAUAUUAAGCUUUUGUGGUUUUUGAUGCUUUCACGUCUCCCUUAAAUCUGCCAAAAGAUAAAGGAAAACACAGUUAUCAACAGACAGAGGUAGAAGUGAGAGAAUCAUUUCUCAGUCUCGAGAAAAAGGAGAUGAUUUUGAAGACAUGGUUUAAAGCAUGAAAUCAUGUGAAGGAAAAGCUAAAGUCUUUCCUUAGCUCUUAACCUCUAUCACUUUUUUUUGUCUUUUUUUUUUGUCUCAACCCAAUCAUUCAAGGAACAAGACAACCACCACCGUCCCUACAAACACGUCCUCUCUCUUCUUUUCCAUAGUUUUUCAUAAAAAGAGAAAAAACCCAUAUAUUAUUGUUAUUAUUAUUAUUUUUUUGUGUAUAAGACCAGAGUUGUAUCCAAGCUUUCAUUUCUAUUCCUUUCCUCUCUUUCCAGUGAAAAAGAGAGACGAAAAUGGAGAUGGUUAAGUCUCUUAUGAUUGUUCUGCUUCUGGGUUUUUGCCACGUGUCCGUGGCCGCACCAGUGGAGAAGAGGAACCAGAGAAAGACUUACAUAGUCCACAUGGCUAAAUCCGAGAUGCCAGCGAUCUUCGAGCACCAUACUCACUGGUAUGAAUCGUCUUUGAAAUCAGUUUCUGGCUCAGCUCAAAUGCUCUAUACCUACGACAAUGUUAUCCAUGGUUUCUCCACUCAGUUAACCAAUGAGGAAGCUCAACAACUCGAAAGGCAACCAGGGAUCCUCGCAGUUUUACCUGAGUUAAGAUACGAGUUGCACACCACUCGUACACCUGAGUUUCUUGGACUAAGUAAAACUGCUGAUUUGUUCCCUGAGUCUGACUCAGCGAGUGAAGUUAUAAUUGGUGUGUUGGAUACUGGCGUUUGGCCUGAAAGUAGGAGCUUUGCUGAUACGGGGCUUGGUCAAAUUCCAAGCAGCUGGAAAGGCGCGUGUGAAUCAGGCACCAAUUUUACCUCAUCAAAUUGUAAUCGAAAAUUGAUCGGUGCAAGGUACUUUUCUAAGGGGUAUGAGGCUGCAUUGGGUCCAAUUGAUGCAUCCAAUGAAUCGAAAUCACCUCGAGAUGACGAUGGACAUGGCACUCACACGGCAUCCACGGCAGCAGGGUCGGUGGUGGAAGGGGCUAGCUUGUUCGGGUAUGCGCCAGGGAUGGCUCGUGGAAUGGCCACGCGCGCUAGAGUUGCUGUUUACAAGGUUUGUUGGAUUGGUGGGUGUUUCAGUUCAGACAUCCUGGCUGCGAUGGAAAAGGCUAUUGACGACAACGUUAAUGUACUUUCAAUGUCACUCGGUGGUGGCAUGUCGGAUUAUUACAGGGAUAGUGUUGCAAUUGGAUCUUUUGCUGCUAUGGAAAAGGGAAUUUUAGUUUCUUGUUCAGCUGGAAAUGCUGGUCCAGGUUCUUACAGUUUAUCAAACGUGGCUCCUUGGAUCACUACCGUUGGUGCAGGCACAUUGGAUCGUGAUUUCCCUGCUUAUGUUAGCCUUGGAAACGGAAGAAAUUACUCUGGUGUGUCACUUUACAAAGGCACUCCCUUGCCGGGAAAGUUGUUACCAUUUGUUUAUGCCGGUAAUGCUAGCAAUGCCACGAGUGGGAAUUUGUGUAUGAUGGGAACUUUGAUACCAGAAAAAGUUGCAGGCAAAAUAGUUCUUUGUGAUCGUGGAAUGAACGCCAGGGUUCAAAAAGGAGCUGUUGUUAAAGCAGCUGGUGGUGUAGGAAUGGUUUUGGCUAACACUGCUGCAAACGGCGAAGAGCUUGUAGCCGAUGCCCAUUUGCUUCCAGCAACUGGUGUGGGCCAAAAAUCUGGUGAUGCUCUAAAGAGUUACUUGUUUUCAAAUCCUAACCCAACUGUGACAAUUCUCUUUGAAGGAACCAAAGUUGGCAUUGAACCAUCACCUGUGGUGGCUGCUUUUAGCUCAAGAGGGCCUAAUUCGAUAACCCCGGAGAUAUUGAAGCCAGACAUGAUUGCUCCUGGCGUCAACAUUUUAGCAGGAUGGUCCGGGGAUGUAGGUCCAACAGGGUUGGCAAUUGAUACCAGAAGGGUGGAGUUCAACAUUAUUUCAGGAACUUCAAUGUCUUGCCCGCAUGUUAGUGGCCUUGCUGGAUUGCUCAAGGCUGCUCACCCAGAUUGGAGUCCUGCAGCUAUCAGAUCAGCUCUCAUGACCACAGCUUAUACAGAGUACAAAAACAAGCAGAAAAUGCAAGAUAUUGCUACAGGGAAACCAUCCACCCCGUUUGAUCAUGGAGCUGGACAUGUUGAUCCUGUAUCAGCGCUUAAUCCAGGACUUGUCUAUGAUUUAACAGUUGAAGAUUAUCUUGGCUUCCUUUGUGCCUUAAACUACAGUGAAUUUCAAAUUAACGCCCUCGCAAGAAGAAACUUUUCAUGUGAUGCUCGCAAGAAAUAUAGAGUUACCGAUCUCAACUACCCAUCGUUUGCUGUCAAUUUUGAUACUACAAUGGGUGGCUCAAAUGUGGUAAAGUACACUCGAACUCUUACAAAUGUAGGCUCACCAGGAACUUACAAGGUGUCUAUAUCACCAGAGGCUCGAGGAGUUAAGAUAUCAGUUGAGCCAGAGACGUUGAGUUUCAGCCAAGCAAAUGAGAAGAAAUCAUAUACAGUCACAUUCACCGCAAGCUCACAGCCAUCCAAUACCUUCAGCUUUUCUCGUUUGGAAUGGGUUAGUGAGAAGUAUAACGUGCAAAGUCCUAUUGCAAUUAGCUGGAAUUGAUAGGAGAAUAAAAAGAAUAGUUUAAGGUUGAUUUGCUUCUUAAACUCUCUCGAAAAAAGAAGAAAGGGAGUGCAAUUGUUUAAUGUAUUAGACUUUUUAAGUUUACUAAUUCUUGAUGCGCUUAUAAUUUCUAUCCAGCUAAUAAUGAAAGCUGGGUUUAAGUGCUUGAUGUUGUUCUCUGAGAUAGAAGACAUAAAAACCAGGAAAAUUGGGUUGUUUACUUCCUCAGUGUACAGUGUAUGGAUAUGCUUUGCCUAGUGGAUUGUUUCAAGUUUAAAGCAAUCAACAAUAUCAUGGGCUUCUUGGUUUCAUUUCACUUUAUACGUGGUCCAGACCAGACUCAAUCACUCAAGUGACUUUUCGGUUGCCAAUUGAGAUUUUAUUGCAAAAGUGAACUGGAAGUGUCACCA